AUGUCCCCUUCAACGCCAGUGAACGAUGGGCCACUGCCGCCUCCUGUAAUUAGUCCUGGUGGUACUUAUACCCUCCAAUCAAUUUCUGUUGGUUGCAAAGUUUAUAUCUCACGUCCUGGUCCGAACGGUACAACCGAGGAACGGGUGGCCGAAAUUCUUUCUAUAAGAGACAAACCAGUGAAUCCGUACGCUCGUCGUAGCAACGAUGUCAAAGAGGAGGAGGAGGUUGAUAACAAGAAACCCGAGGAGAAAUUAGAGUUCUUUGUUCAUUGGGACCAGUUCAACAAGCGUUUAGAUGAUUGGGUCUCUGGCACGCGGAUACUCCUUCAUCGUGAUCUCGAAUGGCCACGUCCCAAAGCCCCUCCAGUGAAGAAGGCUCUGAAUGGCACCCCGAAAGUGCCUCCAGGAAAGGCUCCUCCAGGCAAGGCUCAUCGACCGAAUAACCUGCUCAAGGCAGCUACUUCCAAUGCCGCCCUCGGCGCAUCCCCUGCUCCUACUCCCCAGCAUUCGCAAUUAUUCAGUAUAUCUCGUGCCUCCCCAUCACCUGCGCCACCUUCAUUGAAGCGCAAGGUACCGCAUGAUGAAGAAGAGGAGCCCACGGAGGAAGCUUAUGACUUCGACGCAGAUGCAGAUGGCGACAUGGAAAUUGAUGGAGACGGGGACCUCGAGACCUUUGAUUUGAGCUUGACCGACACUGGGCCCGACUCUCAGGAGCCGCCGCCAUUCUCUGCUUUCAGCAAAGAACAGGAGAUUGAAAAAUUACGAACAUCAGGUUCUUUGACACAGUCGGUCUCGGAAAUCGCUCGGGUCAAAAAUCUCAAUCGUCUCCAAAUAGGCAAACAUGAAGUAGAGACUUGGUAUUUCAGCCCUUACCCAAAGGAAUACGCCCACCUUCCGGUCCUAUAUAUAUGCGAAUUCUGCUUGUGCUUUUUCCCUUCUCCUUUCAUGCUAUCAAGACAUCGACAGCGCUGUAAUCUGCUGCAUCCACCGGGGAAUGAAAUAUAUCGCCACGAAGACAUAUCCUUUUUUGAAAUUGAUGGCAAACGCCAAUUGAGCUGGUGUCGGAAUCUCAGUCUAUUGUCAAAGUGUUUUUUAGAUCACAAAACUUUGUACUACGAUGUGACGCCUUUCAUGUACUAUGUUAUGGCCAUACGAGAUUCCGCUGGUUGCCAUAUUAUCGGAUAUUUUUCGAAAGAAAAGGAGUCUGCUGAAAAUUACAAUGUUGCCUGUAUCCUGACCCUUCCUCACCACCAGCGACAUGGCUAUGGCAAACUCCUAAUCGAGUUCUCAUACGAACUAAGCAAGAAGGAAGGCAAAUUGGGAAGCCCAGAAAAGCCUCUCAGUGAUUUAGGUUUGCUAAGUUAUCGUGCAUAUUGGAGCGAGGUCGUCGUCGAACUCUUGAUGGAAUGGGACGGAGACAUCAGCAUAGAUGAAGUCGCUCAGAAGACAUCUAUCACCCAUGCAGAUGUCAUGAAUACUUGCAUCACAUUACAGUUGUUCAAACAUUACAAGGGACAACACCUUAUUGUACUCAAUGAUACUGUCCUUGAACGACACGAAAAGCUUCGCAAGAAGAAUCGCCGUCGUAUCCACCCAGAGAAUCUUCGAUGGAAGCCACCAGUGUUCACGAGGGACCAAUUGCGGUUUGGGUGGUAG